AUGUGUAGGCGGAAUGUCAUUUUCCCAUACGAGGGAAUGGCCAUUUCCGACCCCCUCCCCCGGAAUAAGGAAGAUGCCGCGGGUAGACUAGAGUUUCACCUUGGCAAGAACCUCCCUAAAUUUGCCACUCGUACCUUUUUCGAGAACCUCAGAGUAUUAGCACCUAAGGUGCUACUGCUAAGGGAGCUGCUUCGAUAUGUUAUAGUAACACACCUCCUUCCUUGGCCCAAGAAGGACAGCGCGUCUGCCAACAAGGGGGUCGACCAUUUUUGCCUUUACACCGGCGGAAAAGGCGGUUAUCGAUGGGGUGGGAAAGAGUUUGGGGCUGACGGAGUACGACUUGGAGCCAGCAAGGAGGCCAAGAAGAGGUUAAGAAGAGGUGACAGGGUGAUGAUGAUCAGCUUCGGGGGAGGUUUCAAAUGCAACAGCUGCCUUCUGGAGGUUGUUAAGGAUUUGGAGGGUGAUAACGUGUGGAAGGAUUUUAUUGGUAAUUACCCUCCAAAAACCCUAGUCAGUCCGUUCAUGAGUGAGUAUGGGUGGAUUAACAAUGAGACGGAGGAGAUGUUUGAAGAAGCGGUGGAUAGCUACAAGCAAAAUUUCUGA